AACGUUCAUCUUCUUCUCCUCGUUUCCCUUCUCAAAAAACACAAACACAAAAGUCAGAAAGGUUGCUGCUUUCGUACUUUGGUUGAAGGGACUCCUGGGGUGGUUUGCCUAAUUCCUACUAACAACAACGUAGUGGGGGCAAAUAACACUCUAAGGAGAGUGAUUAAUCACGCCUUCAAUCCGUUUCUCCCUAAAGUUUUCGUCAAUCUUAGAGUGUUGUUUUCGUAUGACAAUGGAUUCUGGAGUGGAGAGCACUUUGAAGGCGUAUGCCUCUGAUUCAAACAAACUCAAUCGGUUUGAUGGAACCAAUUUCACCCGCUGGCAAGAGAAGAUGAAGUUUGUGUUCACUGCUUUGAAGAUCAUGUACAUAAUGGAUCCUGAUUUGGUGCCGCUAGGAGAACCACAAGACACUGACUCUGAUGAAUUGAAGGCUGAACAAAAGAAGAGGAGUGAUGACAGCCUGUUGUGCCGAGUAUACAUCCUCAAUUCACUCUUUGAUCGUCUCUACGAUUUGUACUCCCAGUUGACGACCCCUAUGGAGAUAUGGACAUCUUUGGCAAACCAGUACAAAUCAGAGAAACAAGGCGCAAAUAAGUUUGUCACAUUCCAGUUCUUUAAAUUUAGCAUGACUGAUAAGCGUUCAAUUCUGGAUCAAGUUCAUGAAUUCCUAAUCUUGGCCCCUAAGUUCACUGCGUUGAAGAUAACUCUUCCUGGUGCGUUUCUGGUGGGGGCAAUUAUUGCGAAGUUGCCUCCAUCAUGGAACAACUAUAGGAAGAAAUUACUUCAUACGUCAGAGGAUUUCACUUUGGAGCAGAUUCAGAAGCACCUUAGGAUCGAGGAGGAAACUCGUAUCCGUGACAAGGAUCUGAAUUCGGAGGCACCAUCAAGUUCCAAAGUGAAUGUUGUGGAGAUUAAAGGAAAUACCACAUUGGUGGGGGAAGAAAAGUGCAAGUAGUUUUUAAGUUUGCUUUCCACUUUAGUUUAUUGGAUAAAGUGGUUAGUGGGCUUUUGGAAAAAGUGUGGGUUAUUUAAUUUGACAUAUUAAAUCGCACCACUGCGCACUUAGAACUUAGCGCGACGCGUUCGGAUUUGAAUUUUUUGCUAAUUAAUUACCGGAAUUAUUUUAAUUAAUUAAUCCGGAUAAUUGUUUGAUGUUCGACUUUUGUGAAACGACGUAACCCUUCGGAAGGGAACUGCCGUUUUCACUAUAAAAGCCUUCUGCAGCCAGACUUCUCGUCCAACGUUCAUCUUCUUCUCCUCGUUUUCCUUCUCCAAAAACACAAACACAGAAGUCAGAAAGGUUGAUGCUUUCGGACUUUGGUUGAAGGGAUUCUUGGAGGUGGUUUGCCUAAUUCCUACCAACAACAACGUAGUGGGAGUAAAUGACACUCUAAGGA